AUGUCGGUCAGAAUGGCUCCUCGUCUUCCUCUGAUCGUUCUGCUCAUGAUUCACGGGGUUUCUGGUGCUGGUUGGGGUGUGAGUUACAGUCCUUCACACAUCUGUGCACUAAAGAACUCAUCAGUGAUAAUGAACUGCACUUAUACAUACCCUACUGGACAUAAGAUCACGAAAGUGUUCUGGACCAAAGGACCUGUACAGGGUAAAGAGACUCCAGAUCUGUCUGAGGACCAUCAAUACAGUCAGAGGCUUCAGUAUCUGGGAGAUAAACAGCAAAACUGCACCUUCAGACUGAGUCAUGUGACACAGAAAGAUGCACACGUGUACUGUUUCAGAUUCAUCACUGAUAAACCUGAUGGAAAAUGGAUUGGUCGUCCAGGAGUGACUCUUACUGUCACAGAUCUUCAGGUGGAGUCUCCUAAGAGAGUGACAGAGGGAGAUUCAGUCCGUCUGACAUGUAAAAGCAGCUGCGCUCUGACUGACGGAGCAACAUUCAUCUGGUACAGAAACUCACAGCCAUUAACUGAGAGAAGAGACAGAAACAAUCAACUCCUGCUGCAGUCAGUCAGAAGAGAGGAUGCAGGCAGAUAUAGCUGUGCUCUACAUGGACACACUUACAUCUCUCCUGCUGUUCAUCUGAACGUCACGUAUCCACCAAAGAGUGUCUCAGUGUCCAUCAGUCCAUCUGGUGAAAUAGUGGAGGGAGAUUCAGUGACUCUGAUCUGCAGCAGUGAUUCAAACCCACCUGCUCUGAACUUCAGCUGGUUUAAAGGAAGAACAUUUGUAGGAUCUGGAAAAAACUACAGAAUCUCAAACAUCAGCUCUGAUCACAGUGGAGAAUACAAGUGCAAGUCCAGAAAUGAACACGGAGAGAAAUACUCUGCUGCUGUGACUUUAAACGUCAUGUACCCACCCAGGAACGUCUCUGUGUCUAUAACUGGAUCUGGUGAAAUAGUGGAGGGAGGUUCAGUGACUCUGAUCUGCAGCAGUGAUUCAAACCCACCUGCUCUGAACUUCAGCUGGUUUAAGGAGAAUCAAAGCUCAGCUGUUGGAUCUGGACAGAGUUUCAGUGCUCUACAGAGUGGACGCUUCUACUGUGAGGCUCACAAUCAACAUGGAUCUCAGAGAUCAGACGCUGUUACUGUCACAGUUCAUCUUGGUGCUGGUACGAAUGUGUUUGUGAUCACAGCAGCAUCUGGAGGAGGAUUAUUCAUCAUCAUCAUCCUCAUCCUGUUUAUAAUGAGGAAACAAAAGACUGUUAAAACUGAAGAUCUCAAAAUGAAAGAGAAUGAUCUCUAUUCUGACGUGUCACAGAGAGUUUCAGAGCCUCUUUCUGAACCUGAUACAGCCAGUGAUGCUCUGUAUGCCAAUGUGAAACCCAGCAGAGGAACAACUCCUGAAUCCAGAGAUACUGAGGAGAUGCAGAGCACAACUGUCCAACAUCACCGAAAGAAAGAGACGAACAGACCAGAAGACAGUGAAUGUCAGUAUGACGAUAUAAGAGUUCAUCAGCCUGAUGCUGCCGUGAGGCAAUCAAAUGUUCAAACUGUGGAAGACGUAUCGGUGAUCUACAGCAGCGUCAGAUGAGUGAUAAAGCAGCAAACACAAAGCCUGUGUUCAACUGUUCAAUGAGCGACUGUUUGAUAACUGCACAGCUGUGGAAUAAUUUACUCAUCUGUUCUCACCACAACCACUGAAGAUAAUUAAAACCCACAAGAUUCAUUUGUUCUCAUCACAACCACCGAAAACAUGUUCAACACCCAAAUUUCCUUUGACACUUUGUGAGAGAAUGAUGGUCAUUGUGUGCUAGCCUGUUUCUUUCUCUUUUUUUGGUGAUUUGUUUUAAUAUUUGCCUCUGUUUUGAAAUCUAUAGAAGCCCGUUUCCGCCAAAAAAGAAAAAAAACGUUAUUGCGAUUUUUGUGUUCAUCACUAAUGCACAAUCAUCAUUUAAUUAGUCACUUAAUUAUCUCAUUAACUUUAACUCUUUGAGGACUUGGGAUUUGACUCGAGACUCGUUUGUGACUUGAAAGGAAUGAGUUGGUUCCUCCUCUGGUGAAAUCAGCUGAGUGUUCAUGGGUGGAAUAAACACAUGGCAGGACUUUUACUCUUUGGCCCCUGGACUUUACACCUCUGUCUGCUCUAAAUAGUAUUGAAAAUUACUAAUAUCACAUAGAAUUUAGGAUGGAUAGUAUGCACAUUGGGACGCAUGCAUGGUCCAUCAGCGAAGAUCAGGUGAUCAGAUGAUUUAUUUACUAAAGGAGAUGUAACCUGUCAAUCAUAUGUGGCUCCGCCCACAGAGCUCAUGAUUGGUUCCUUUGUGCUCUGCCUCUUAAUGCAGCAUAUUCCUAUUGAUCUGAACAGGCAAUAACAUGAAGAAAAGUUAAUCAACAACAUUAUAAAACCUUCCACAAGAUACAUAAAUCAGUCAAACUAGUACUGAAGAGAGUUCUAUGGAUUAUAUUGAGAAUAGCAGCAGGUUCAGACACUUACUGAUGUAUUGUCAUGUUUAGGAGAUGGUGACAACCCAGUCAACACGUGAGAUCACGCGAUGAUCACAGUGAUAUCACACCAUUCUCAUACAGUGAUCCUCACAGUGUGAGUAAUAUAUGAGCUCAUUAGCAGUUCAAAUAUCAGUCACCGGGGGACAUUCUACUUCCUGUUUCUCAACACUAUUACAGAGAUAUCACAGUGCUCUCACAUGAUGAGCUCAUGAGUGCACGCCCAGCUAACAGAUUUCUGUUAUAAGAACCUUCUCCAAACAUACAACUGACUUCCAGACACAGCCUUCGAUGAAAUCAACUGAAAUAAAAGAAUACAUUAAAUCUCUGAAGAUCUCAGCAGAUAAUGAUUAAACAACUCCACAAACAGCAUCACCUGCUCCACUCAUUACUAACCAGACUGACUUUAUUUCUGAUAUCUACAAAAGCACCUAUUGAGAAUGAUAUGUUUUAUUUUAUUAUUUUUUGAUGUUACCAUCAAAGUGAUUAGUGUUUGCUUUAGUUGGGCUCUUGACCCUUGACUUUAUAACAUUAUAUUUUUUUGGGCUGCUGUAACUGUGUUUGUAAAGCACAUUUAUUAUGGCAGGUAACACCAAAAAGACACUGCAACCAGGUGACAUUGGUUUGUUGUUGAUAACAAUAAAAUCAUCGCCUAGAUUCAGUAUCCAGUCUUUGUGAAGUGUUAUUAAUCUGAACAUUUUAAUUAUAACAGCUUUUUGAUUAUACAGUAUAGGGUCAAACAGUGUAAUAAUUUAUGAAUGAUUUUAAAAGCAUAAAUCACAAACAUUUUGAACUUUGGUGUCAUUUAAAAACAAAGAGAGACAUCAAGAAUCAGUGUAUGAAUCUCAACAAUGGUGACAGUCAAAAGCUUCAUGCUGCAGUGCAUGCUGGGUAUCUAGUCUCUGUGCAGUGAGUGCACUUUGACCUCACAUUAGUAUGAGCACACAGUGAGGGCGCUGUGAGGUUACACUUUUAGCUCACUGUUACCUCACAUUGUGACAUCAUCACGAGUAUCCUGGGAGAUCAUGGUGACAUCACUGUGAGAUCACAUUGUUGACUGGGAAGGUAACACGUUUACAAAGUAGGCUAUCAUUUACAGUUGUGCUCAAAAUUAUUCAUACCCUCGGUAAAUAUGAUCAAAGAAGGCUGUAAAAAUAAGUCUGCAUUGUUUAUCCAUUUGAUCUUUCAUUAAAAAAAUAUAUAUAACCUAUCAUUUAAGUAAAAAAAAGUGAAAGUGGGGGAAAAUCACAUUAUGAAAUAAAUGUUUCUCUCCAACACACAAUGGUCACAAUGGUACAAAUUCUUAUGAUUAAAAUAUCUCUGAAGUAUAUUCCCAUUCAUAUUAGCAUUUUUUUUUUUUUUAUUACACCAUUGUGACUAGGAGCAUGAAAUUAUCCAGCCAUGGCCAAAUUCCCUUAAUCAUGCAUCACAAUGAGAAAAAUCAAAGUAUAUAUUUCUGGUGUGCAGCAAAGGAUUAGGCCUACUGAACUUCACAAAUUAGAAAGUGUCUGUUAGAAAAACAUUAAAAUUCCUAUUUUCACCAUCAGGGCAAUAAUUAAAAUUUUACAAUCAACAGAAAAUGUUAUGAAUCUGACCGGAAAAGGACAUGUGUCUAUAUCAUCCUAAUGCACGGUGAGAAGGAGAGUUUGAGUGGCCAAAGACUCUCCAAGGACCACAGCUGGAGAAUUGCAGAAAAUAGUUGAGUCUCAAGGUCAGAAAGCAUCAAAAAAAAAAAAUCAUCAAACAGCACCUACAUCACCACAUGUUGUUUGGGAAAGUUUCAAGAAAAAAUCUAGAAAGGAAAAUGCUCUCAUCCAAAACUCCAGCAUAUUCAGUUAUCAGACACGACUGGAACAUCAAAUGGUACUGGCUUCUGUGGUCAGAUGAAACUAAAAAAUUAGCUUUUUAGCAGCAAACACUCAAGAUGGGUUUGGUGAACACAGGGAUAAAAAGUACCCCAUGUGUACAAUGAAAUAUACUGCUGUAUUCUUGAUGUUGUGGGUCUACAUUUCUGCUGGAGGUCCUGGACAUCUUGUUCAGACACAUGGCAUCAUGGAUUAAAUCAAAUAACAGAAAAAAAAGUCUAAACCUGACUGCCUCUGUUGGAAAUUUUAUAAUGGGCCGUGGUUGGUUCUUCCAACAGGACAAUGAUCCACAAACAUCAAAAUCAACACAAAAAUGGGUCACUGAGAACAAAACCAAGCUUCUGCCAUGGCUGUCUCAGUUCCCUGCCUGAACCCUAAAAUGAGUGAACUGAAGAGAAGAAGCACCAACAUGGAGCUGUGAAUCUAAAGGAUCUGGAGUGAUUCUGGAUGAAGGAAUGGUCUCUGAUCUCUUGUCAGGUGUUCUCUAUGUAGCGGGAAAUUUCACUACAACGUAGGGGUAAGAUUAUGUUCUGCGAUAUAUCUUGGACGACUAGGGAAAUGACAAGAUCUAGGUCUUCAAAUCCUAGUACAUUUAAUUCCUGUACUUAUUUAUUUAUGUUUUUUAUCUGCCUUGCUGAGUAUGCUUUUGUCUUCUGUAACAGCGACUGAUGGGGAUUGAGGCUCUGGAGUUUAAUAAUGUACACGGUAGCUCCCAGAGUAUGAGGUAAUAUUAACCCUUCUUCCCCUCUAUCAGCCCACAAGACAGGAGGAAUGCCCCUACUCCAAGAUAACAGAAGUUUGGGUUUAUUUUGACAGUGUUUGGUUAGCACCUUAGAAAACACAAGAAUAAUAGAGAAUAAAGAAAUGCAAAUAAACUCUUCACUUGAAAAUUAAAGAUGUAAAUGUACAAAAAAUAAUAAAUUUUUACUUAACUCAAACUUGCAUUCAGAGUUACUUGGUUUACUACUGUAAUCCCCACAACAAUCAGAAUCAAGGAAACAGUUCCCUCAGAAAGUUCAGAUGAUAUUCAGUUAAAUCAACAGUUCGUAGAAAAUAUUUUACAUCUCACAUCACUGACUUUUUAUAUGACAAUCAACAUACCUGAGUAACAGUCAUGACCCAAUAUUAGUCUUUUACCUCGCCGUAGGACUGGGCUGGUGUUGGAGUGUCCAUAUAUGGCAGGGUAAUCAGUUCAACCAAUGAAACCUGUUAAUAUUAAGUCUUUUCCUUUUAGAAAAAAACAA